CUCUCUCUCUGUCUUUCUUUCAUCGUCGCGCGUGAUCCCUCCCCUGGCCCUGAGGGGGAACUCUACCGAACGUUCUUGCAUGCGCGAGGUGGCCGUCCUCUGCACCGACUUUCUCAGCGAGUGAAGGGCUGCGACGAGCAGAGGGGCCCCCAGUGCCCGCCGCUGCUGACGACUAGAUUCGGGUACGCUUUGCUUCCUUCUCUCUUUCUUCGCUGAUCGGAGGCGGUGAAUCAGAGUGUCGUCUCGGGAGGCAUUUUCUUGCCUCGUCGUGUGUGUUCGGAGGGUGCUGAGCAGUGUCACUCGGGCCGCGGGUUUUCAGCUGGAAUGUGCGUGAUUCAGGAUUCGAGGGUGGAGAAUUGAGGUCUUGAAGAGACCUGCGCGUGCAUUUUUUUCCGCGGUGAAUUUGCCUCUCGCCACGCUAUGACAGAUUAUCCGGUUAUUGUUGGGGUUGAGGUGUUUACAGAUGAUUAGCUUGGCCGGUCCGUCACCGUGAGGCUGAGGAAAAAAUUUUACGGAUGCGCUCGAGGAACAGGAGAAAGUUGAAGACGAGGAAUUUGCCUGAAUGCACAUGGCUGCGUUUCGAAACUCUAAACUUGCUGCUUUGAUUACGCAGCUUUUACGGAAACGCGAAAUUGUUCCGGCGCUAAAAUUUGAUCGAGGACUUCCGGUGGUUGCCGCGUUGCGAUUGAAGGAGCAUUGGGCGCAAGCUCAUUCCGUAUCCACUCAUGGUCACCGUGGCAGGGCGGAUGGUGAAGGAGCGAGAAUAGUCGGUAGCGAUUCGGAUAUUGAACCCUAUGAAGAUCAAGAAGCGAUUGCGCGUCAGGAUUCCGAAGCUGAGGACAGGAGAUUCAAUAACGAUGGGAAUUGGUCAAAACAGCUAUCCUGGUUCAGCAACAUUGUAGAGCCAGCCUUGCAUAAGUACCGAACACCGCAUCCAGAAGAACUAGCCGAGAGCUACGAUGGAUCUGCCAGCGCCAGAUCUCUCCUUGACAUAGCGGCCAGUCUGGUCAAGAGCACUGCCGGAAUGCAGCAGUGGGGACUUGCCGACAUCACUUUUGGCCUAUAUCUUCUCUCUUUACGCCAUACAACUGAAAUGGCCGUGGACGCAUUCCACGGCCAGCAAGUCACAUGUGAUCACAUGGUGCAAAGGUGGAUUCACCAUCUGGAGCUAGCAUGGGGUGCAUAUAUGAAAAAUCCCGCAGCACUAGCUCGAGUCAGCAUGCUUCGUGAAAAAAACGUUGUCAAGUUUGUAGGCAAAGCAAGUGUGAUGCGGCCUGCAUAUUACAUCGGAGUGGACACUAGGCAUAAGCUGGUCGUUAUGUCGAUACGUGGCACCUCAACACUACAUGACUUGGUAACGGAUUUGGCAACUCACAACGAAAAUUCGGGGAUUUUGGAUGGAGAACCUGUUCAUUAUGGUAGUUUUGAAGCUGCUCAGUGGCUACAGCGGCAUGAAGCAGCGACUUUAAGGCGUUGCUUAGAAGAAAAUAAAGGGUUUGAGCUGCUAUUAGUUGGCCACUCACUAGGAGGAGCUACAGCAGCAUUGUUGGGCAUGUUGCUGAGACAGGAUUCUGAGAAAGUACUUGGAUUGUACCCAGAGAAAAUCCGUGUGGUCGGAAUAGGGACACCACCAUGCUUAUCUAAAGUCCUGGCUGCAAGGUGUAGAGACUUUACAACAACAUUAGUUUUACAGGAUGAUGUGAUUCCACGGAUGAGCACAACUGCACUUCUUCAACUGCGUAACGAAAUACUUUUGUUAGAGUGGAACGACGUGCUGAAAGGAGAAUUUGAGAACAAAGGGCUGGUGGAUUUAGUGUCCAGCACUGUGCAGGCUCUAUCGUCUGUGCAAGAUGCCGCGAGAAAGUAUGGUGCUAUUGCGAGACGAACCAUCAAUCUUAAUGGACCAGAUGACAACGCUGAAAACGAUGCAAAAAUCGAAGCACGUGAAAAGAAUGAACUAGAGAAACACAAGUUAGAACUGAUAGAGAGUGCGAAAACAGCACCACAUGAACAUCCUCAUCUUCAUGCACCUGGUACAUUGUAUCAUAUCCGUAGCAGAUCAUUAAAACCAGCAGAGUUGAGUGGGAAAGAGACUGACUAUGGUUGCUCACUGUGGAAAGGGGAUUCAGAUGCUAAACUUGGGCGAAUUGUAUUAUCUACCAGUAUGUUAUCUGAUCAUAGAUGUGAGAGCUAUUAUUACGCCCUUCGGGAUGUGCUGAAAGGCAUCCCUAUUUCAGAAAGACUCACAACAGGAAUGUAAAUUUGUUAGCGCGACUGUUUGCUGUACAUGGAACCGGGCAUUGAAUAGAUUUUAUCCACAUUGCCAAUCGUAAGGUUUUACUAUCAAAAUUUUGGAUGAGAGAUCCUCUUUCUAUCAAGGACUCCGCUGGUCCUCUCGACCAGACUUGGACAUUAGUUAGGAGGGAAUACAAUGUGCUCUACUCAGGUAGAGUGCAGAUUUAUUGCUUUUAGUAGCAUGUUGUCUUCUGAGGAUACUGGUGCUGUAGCUUAGAGGCUGCAAGGGAGCAUAUUGACAUUCAUAUGUUCACUUCAUGCAGUAAAUGUGGAAACUUGCUCAAUGAUCUAAUGAAUUUGUCUCUUUUGCCUUUUC